AUGAUACCAUCUACUCUUAAAACAAUUUUUAUUGACGGUGAUCUCGACGAUUCCUCAUUUUUACUUGAUGUUCAACAUCCAUACCGGGACAAGGAUCUUCUUUUAACUAAUCAAUUUGAUGAUGCAGAAGAUGAUGUUCAUGAUGCGAACUCACCGUUCUUUGGCCUUUUCCCUCCAACAUCGGAUGCAUCAUCGAAUACACUUCUUUCGACAUGUUUAAGUCACGAUAGUUCUGGCUCGAGUUCAAAUGGCUCUUCGACUGCUUUUUCAUUCACGGAUUCAGCUUAUGCUUCUUCAUCAUCACCACCACCACCACCACUACCACAACAUUCAAAUAAUACAACCAGUCAGUCGAUUUCAAUCAUGCGUAGUCUUCAAUCCCAACAACAACAGCAGCAGCCUCAACAAGCACAGCAGAUAAUAACACAACCACCUGUACAUGCAUCAUUAAUUGCUGGCUUAAUAACAUCAUCACCAAGUUCAAGUUUAUCAAGUGCUCACUCGACUACAACAGAUAAUCCUUGCUGUUCAUCAUCUCCUUUCUAUCAUAAACUUCAACAUCAAGAAUAUCAUUAUAAUUCAUGGGAUUGUCCAGGAUGUCAAGAACCAUUUAAACAAAAUCGACCGCAAGUACUUCAAUGUUUUCAUACAUUAUGUGAAACAUGUGCAGAAAAAUUAUCCACAAAUGAUGAUGCAAGUAUCUGCUGUCCAUUGUGUGGUGUAACAACAAUGCUUAGAGAUGUUUUACCUGAUUAUACAGCACAAAAUAAUCAUUCAAAUGUAUCCAAUGAUUAUAUGUUACCAUUAGGCGACACUGUCGUACAAUGUUGCACAGCGUGUAAAAGUGCUGAAUCAAUGGCUGUGGCUAAAUGUUUCCAAUGUUCGAGCUUCCUAUGUCAUCAAUGUGUUUGUGCACAUCAAAUAAUGAACUGCUUUGAAGGUCAUCGUGUUGUUCAUAUAAAAGACCUUGACUCAAAUGGUAAUGAUCUUCGGUUAAUCUUUUGUUCGAAUCAUAAAAAUGAAACACUGAAAUAUUUUUGUUCUACAUGCAAUAUACCGAUUUGUGUCACAUGUACAACAAUUGAUCAUCGACCGGGUACUCAUGAAUAUGCACCAUUGAAUGACGCAGGAUCACAUCAAGUAGCAAAAUUACAAAAUAUGGUCGAAAAUACUCGACAACGGUUGAAUGAUUUAAGAAAUUCACAAAAGAUUGUCGAUCGUUCAUACACUUCAUUACAAACUCAAUAUAAUAAAGCGCAACAUGAUAUCAAUGAAACAUAUUCAUUUUAUCGACAGCUAAUCGAUGAAAGAAAGCAUGAAUUAAUUAAAGAGUUAGAUAAUGCGUUUAAUGAAAAACAAACUAAUUUGACGAAUCAAAUGCAAAAAAUUGACGACGCUGCUGAACGUGCUAAUUUGCCUUUAGAGUUUUCCGAUCGUCUAUUUAAAAAUUCAUCAACAACAGAAAUUUUAAUAUUUAAAAAGCAACUUGAAAAUAAAUUUAAUUCUCUCGGACAAGCAAUACCAGAGACAAAUGGACAAUCACCAAUAUUUGAACUUGAAUUUGUUUCAAAUUUUCAGGCAAUUCAAACUGGUGUAAGAAAUACAUUUGGAUAUGUACGAUCAUCACCUGAACCAGCAUCAUUGAAUACUCAUUAUAAACCACGCCCACAAAAAUUGAACAAUGAUAAUUUUAGUAAAGUUAUUGGUCCACCAUCUACAAACUGUUCAUCAUCAAUGAAUAAUUGUCAUAACCAUAUUCAUCAUCAACAACAACAACAAAACACUAUGUUAUCACUUAGUCCAACAAAAUCGAUGCAACAACAACAACAACAACAACAACAACAAUUACAACCAAAUACAAAUCAUUUAUUAAAUGGUAUUGAUAUGUUAUCAUGCAGUUUACCACCAUCAGCAAUGUCUAAAUAUUCAAAUUUAUCAUCAUCAACACCAACACCAAUGAGUUUUUCAUUAUCAUCAAAUGGAAUUGAUAUAAAUCCAUAUGAACUAUGGUCAAAUGCAUCACAAAUGCCAACACAAUCAACAUCUCAACAACAACUUUCAAGUUCUUUAACUUCAAGUAAUGGUGGUGGAAAUCUUAAUGGACAAGAUUCUUUAGUUGAUCUCGUUGAUACAUAUGAUGGUUAUUCAUCAAUACCUCAUCAUCUUUUAUUACCAUCCCGUUCAAAUGGUUCAACAAUAAAACGACAUAAAAUGAUCUAUCAUCAAAAAUUUGGUGAGUUUGGUGUACUUGAAGGACAAUUUACUGAGCCAUCAGGUGUUGCUGUUAAUGCACAAGGUGAUAUUAUUGUUGCCGAUACAAAUAAUCAUCGUAUACAAAUUUUUGAUUCCAAUGGACGUUUUCGUUUUCAAUUUGGUGAAUGUGGGAAACGUGAUGGACAAUUAUUAUAUCCAAAUCGUGUUGCUGUAUUUCGUCAAUCAGGGGAUAUUGUUGUUACCGAACGUAGUCCAACACAUCAAAUACAAAUUUAUAAUCAAUAUGGACAAUUUAUACGUAAAUUCGGUGCCAAUGUUUUACAACAUCCGCGUGGUGUUUGCGUUGAUAAUAUGGGUCAUAUUAUUGUUGUUGAAUGUAAAGUAAUGCGUGUAUUUAUUUUUGAUAUAAAUGGAAAUGUUUUAAAUAAAUUCACAUGUUCGAAAUAUUUGGAAUUUCCAAAUGGUGUUUGUUGUAAUGAUAAGCAAGAAAUAUUCAUAUCCGACAAUCGCGCUCAUUGUAUUAAAGUAUUUUCCUAUGAUGGACAAUUUUUACGUACUAUUGGAUCAGAAGGUAUUACUAAUUAUCCAAUUGGUGUUGUACAAAAUAGUCAAGGUGAUGUACUUAUUGCUGACAAUCAUAACAAUUUUAAUUUAACAAUAUUUACUCAAGAUGGACAAUUAAUAAAUGCACUUGAAUCAAAAGUAAAACAUGCCCAAUGUUUUGAUGUUGCACUAACAGAUGACGGAAGUGUUGUGUUAGCAAGUAAAGAUUAUCGUAUAUAUGUUUAUCGUUAUUUAAUGACACCAUCAAUAAUGGGAGCAGGAGGAGGUGGUGUCACAAAUAAUACGGGGCCAUCAUCACCUGCAUCAUCAUCAUCGACAACACCAAAUAGUAGUCAAAUGUUAGCAGGUGAAUGUACAUCGCCAUUAUUAAUGAAUGGUCAUGAUGAUAGUCCAUUGACUAUUUCAACAACAAGUAAUGCGUAUUAA